CAGUGUUUUCUCUUAGACGAAGAAAAACCCCAAGAAACUCCAAUAAGAAGAAGCUUAGAAGCCUUUUUCUUUAUUUCCUUCUCUUCUUUGUUUUCGUCUUCUUGUGAGAGAAUAUACAGUUUUAUAUAUAUAUAUACAUGUUUUUUAUUUUCUCUGAUAUCGAAGUCCUAAGCUUGUAGCCUUAGCCGCGGUCUCCUCUUCUUUCUCUCUUAUUACUUGCUUGUUUCAGACGUCAGUCACCCUAUUUUCUAAGCUUGAAAAAGCUGAGUUUUCCACCUAUAUAAACCCUUCCUUCGGUUCCAUUCAUUUCCACACAAGAACGCCUGCUUUAUCAUAACCUCUUUGUCUCUACCUUGCGCAAUACUGAAAAAGAAAGGAGAAUUAUGGGAGAAGAUAAUCAGUGUGUUAUAGUGGUAAGAGAGUUUGAUCCUAGCAAAGAUUUAACUAGUGUAGAAGAAGUAGAAAAAAGAUGCGAAGUUGGUCCCAGCGGCAAACUCUCUCUCUUUACCGACCUCUUAGGUGACCCUAUUUGCCGGGUCCGCCACUCCCCUGCUUUUCUCAUGCUGGUGGCUGAAUUAAGCUCAACCAAAGAGAUUGUUGGGAUGAUUCGCGGUUGCAUAAAAACCGUUACUUGUGGAAAAAAGCUCUCGCGAAAUACCAAAAGUGAUCCCACCAAACCCGUCCCUAUUUACACCAAGCUCGCUUACAUUUUAGGCCUUCGGGUCUCACCUUCUCACCGGAGAAUGGGAAUAGGGUUAAAGAUGGUACUUAGAAUGGAAGAAUGGUUUUCCCAAAACGGUGCUGAAUAUGCUUACAUAGCGACGGAAAACGACAACCAAGCUUCCGUUAAUCUCUUCACUGAUAAAUGCGGUUACUCUAAGUUCCGUACUCCUUCUAUUUUGGUUAACCCCGUGUUCGCUCACAGACUCCCCGUUUCCAACCGAGUCACCCUGAUCAAGCUUCCCCCAUCCGACGCUGAGUCACUAUACCGCCGCCGUUUCUCCACCACCGAGUUCUUUCCUCGCGACAUUGACUCAGUGCUAAAUAAUAGACUGAGCCUUGGAACCUUUUUGGCUGUGCCACGUGGAUGUUGCUAUACGCAAGAAUCGUGGUCGGGGUCCGAUGAGUUUUUAUCUUACCCGCCAGAGUCGUGGGCGGUUUUGAGUGUCUGGAAUUGUAAGGAUGUGUUCAGGUUGGAAGUUCGUGGCGCGUCGAGAGUGAGAAAAACGUUGGCUAAAUCGACAAGGAUUGCGGACAAGUUGUUGCCGUUUUUGAGAUUACCGUCGAUCCCGGAAGUGUUUAAGCCGUUCGGUUUGCACUUUUUGUACGGGUUGGGAGGGGAAGGCCCACGCGCGGCCAAGUUUGUUAAAGCAUUGUGCGCACACGCGCACAACUUGGCCAAAGAAGGAGGGUGCAGUGUGGUGGCGACUGAGGUGGCGAACCGUGAGCCGUUAAAAAUCGGGGUACCAUUUUGGAAAAGGUUAUCGUGCGAUGAGGAUUUAUGGUGCAUCAAACGUCUUGGGGAAGACUAUAGCGACGGGUCUGUCGGUGACUGGACGAAUUCUCCCCCUGGACUUUCCAUUUUUGUAGACCCCAGAGAAUUCUAAAGUCUUAACCACCCAAAAACCAAAAAGAAAAGAAAGAAGAAAAAUCUUAUAGUAAUAAUAGUCCUCUGGAAGGAGA